AAACACUUUUAAAAAUUUCACAAAAGAAAGCUUUGAAAUUGAUGAUAUAUAGCAACCUUUUUUUUGUUUUCUUUUAUAAGGUUACUUUCACACUAGACCUCUGCCAACACAAUCUAGAUUUCUUGAUUUUGAGGAAUCAAAGAGGAAAAUUUUGGUAGCUUUGAAAAAUCAUAUGGAUGCAAACCAAAGAGAGAAAAUCUAUGUUGCUGUUGGUGAUGAUGCACAAGAUGGAUUUAAUACAUUAAAUUGGGCUCUCAAAAAAUGGAAUUCUCAUUCAAUUUCCAUUGUUAUUCUCCAUGUGACUCACAACAUUUCUAAGGAUUAUGUUUAUACACCAUUUGGAAAACUUCCGGCAAGAUCUUUGAAUGAUGAGAAACUAGAAGCUCUAAGAAAAGAUGAGAAAGAGAGAAUCAAGAAGCUUUUUUCUAAAUAUAUUACUUUCUGUGGCAAGGUGCCGGUAGAAAUUCAUGAAGUUGAAAAAUUUGAUGAACCGAAGCAAAAACACAUCAUAGACUUGAUCAUUGAUUUAGGAAUCACCAAAUUGGUUAUGGGAUUUUCAUUCAUGAAGCCUUCUUUGAAAUCAAAAGGUGCUAUUAGUGGACUAUUCUAUGUUCAUCAACACAAGCCAACUUUUUGUGAAUUAUUCAUUAUAUGUGUUGGCAAGCAAGUUUUCCUAAGAGGAAACAAUGAUGAAAAAAUCAUGGAAGAUGAUAGUGGAGUGAUGGUUGCAAAAAUGAGAGAUAAGGUAACUUUUAAAGAUUGGUUAGACAAAAUAUUCAGUGACAAAACAAAUGAUUAUUCACAAAAUAGUUUAAGUGCAUCUCCUUCAACAACCAAUUUGGGUCAAAAUCAAUGGGAAUUUUAUCUUCAAGACAUUGAAAAUUAUUAUCAAGAAUUGCUAUCUUCAAAUUUGGAGGAAGGGAGCUAUGACAACUUGCACAUUAGUCCAACAAUUGAGCCACGUGUCACUCAACAGAACAAUUCUAAUAUGAAUACUGCAGAAAAAAUUGAGAUCCUGAAAAAUAAAGUAAAUGAAGCUCGCAAAACCAUCCAAUUGAAGAGAAAAGAGGUCAAGGAUAAUAUAGAAAGAAGCACAAAAGCUGAAUGGGCAAUUAGCUUAUGCAACAUUAGGGCUGAAGAAAUUGAAGGUAGAAUAAGAGAAGAAUUGAGCACAAAAGAGGAGCUAAACAAAGAAUUAAAUUUGGAGAAAGAGCAAAAAGAAGAGACGAGAAGAGAAAUAGAAGAGAAAAAACAAAGGCUACAUUCAUUACUAGAGGUUCAAUCAGAACUAUCAAACAAGCUUCAAAUUUCAACAGUAACAAAAUCAAGAUCAGAGACACAAUUAAAAAGAGCAGUGAAGGAGAGAACCGAAAUGGUGAGAGAGAUAGAGGAGUUAAGGAAACAGAGAAAUGUGUUAAACAGAAGGAUUGAGUUUUGUAAACAGAAAGAUGCUAUUGGCAUGGCUGCGAGGUUGGGUGAGAAUAUCAUCAACUGUGGGAUGAGGGAGUAUAGUGAGGAGGAGUUGAGGUUGGCGACUGAUAAUUUCUCAGAGAGAUUAAGGUUGUUGAAGUGUGGUGGUGGGGAUUAUAGUAAUGUUUAUAGAGGACGUUUUAAUCAUUCUACUGUUGCCAUUCAAAUGCUGUCUUGUUUUGCUUCUUUGUCUCAACAGGAUUUUCAAGCUAAGGUGAGGCUUCUUGGUGGUAUUAGGCAACCACAUCUGGUUGCCAUGGUGGGCUUCUGCUCCGAGCCCAAAUGCAUAGUUUUGGAAUACAUGUCAAAUGGAAGCUUACGAGAUAUGCUAUUUUCUAGGAGAAGAAACCGGGCCUUAAGGUGGCACGAUCGAAUACGAAUAGCGGCCGAAGUUUGCUCGGGCCUGGGCUUUCUUAAUUCAAAUGCACAGAGGCCUAAUAUUCAUUGUCAUUUGAACUUAGCCAACGUCCUCUUAGACCGUAAUUUAGUUGCUAAAAUCACGGGCUUUGGGCUUCAAGAGUGUGAUGACAAGGAAUGCAACGUUGAGUCAGAUUUACGGGAUGUGGGGGUUUUGUUGAUGCAGCUAUUGACUGGAAGAAAUUGGGUCGGGCCCAUUGAGGAUGCCUUGACAAUGGAUAUGGACAGAGAGAGUUUGGUUAACAUUCUUGAUGACAUGGCUGGACAAUGGCCAUUGGAUCUAGCAAAAGAAAUUGCGGGCCUGGCUAUGAUUUGCUUGUCCAUGAAAAACAAGCCCAACCUAGAUCUAACCGUUGCAAGGGUGUUGGAGGAACUCAAUAUUAUAAGAAGAAAGGGUGAUGAAAUAGUUGCAAAUGAAUAUAGGAAUGGUGAUAGAGAGGGCUCAAGUGAUGUGCCUAGUGUUUUCCUUUGCCCUGUACUUCAGGAGGUAAUGAAGAAUCCACAUGUGGCAGCAGAUGGAUUUUCAUAUGAGCUGGAAGCAAUAGAACAGUGGUUGAACUCAGGACACAAUACAUCACCCAUGACAAAUUUAAGGCUUAACCACACAUUCCUUACUCCAAAUCACACCCUUCGUUCCUUCCUUGAUGAAUGGCAGAUCAACAAAUCAGCUAAAAAUGCAAAUUAAUACCAAAAAAAAUUUGUUUCAUUGGAUUUUGUACAGUUAAAUUCAGAAUUGUGAUUGUGACUUAUUGUUUCAUUCGAUUUUGUUUCAACCCCCAACACCAUGUACUCAACUACAAAAAAAAAUACAAAUUUUGUGUUAUUCGGAAUUUUGUGUUGAUCAGAA